AAAAAUAUCUGAACGCCGCACCGUCUACAUAAACCCGGAGGGUUUUACUCUUGAGAAACAAGUACAAGCGUCUCUCACUCUCUCUCACUUGCAUCCCAUACAACAGUCGGGUUGAAACAAUGGCUUUUCUAAGUAAAAUUGGGAAUAUGCUUAGGCAGACCUCGACCACACAGAUCAAUGCUCAGUUGUCUGCAUCAAGUCCAAGCCUCUUUCAAGUGUUCCGGUGCAUGUCGAACGCGCCGAGCUCGAAACUUUUUGUAGGAGGUAUUUCAUACCAAACGGAUGACCAAGGUCUGAGAGAAGCUUUCAGCAAAUAUGGUGAAGUUAUUGAAGCAAGAAUAAUCGUGGAUCGAGAGACGGGCAGGUCUAGAGGAUUUGGCUUUGUCACUUACACAAGUUCCGAGGAUGCUUCAAGUGCACUUCAGGCCUUGGAUGGACAGACUCUUCAUGGCCGUCAAGUAAGAGUAAACUAUGCAACUGAGAGAGCUCCUCGUAACUUUGGGGGUGGCGGCUAUGGAGGUGGUGGCUAUGGCGGUGGUGGCUACGGCGGUGGUGGCUAUGGAGGCGGUGGCUAUGGAGGCGGUGGCUAUGGUGGUGGUGGCUAUGGCAGAAAUGCUGCCCCCACUUCUGGAAAUUAUGGAGGUAAUGUUGGAUACGGUGGCAGUGUUAACUACGGAGGCCAGGGAAGCCAUGGUGGUUUUGGUCAAUCUGAUGCAACCAAUUACGAAAGUGGGAGUUUCAGCGUUGCUGGUGGCGGCGGCGGCAUUGAUGGUGUUGGUACUGGUGGUUCAGCUGGAUUUGGAAGUCCUAAUAUGGGAAUUGACAGUGGUGAUCAAUUCAGUAGUACCGAAGAUGGCUUCAAGGAGGAAGAAGCAUUCGACUCAAAUGAGCCAAUGAACGAAAACUUCCGAGAUGAGGAUGACGAGAAUGGCAGUGAUUUUGCCAAAAGGGCAUGAACUAAAUCUGUCUUUAGUAGUAAAAUUGUUUUGGUUUUUAGUUAUAUUGUCAUCACUUUUGAAACAAAUUUUUAUUUGAUCAAAUGACGUGAGCUAUUGUCUUUGUAGAACUUUUAAUACUUUCUUAAGUCUCCUUCCAUGGAGAACUGAAAUCCUUAUGGAAAAAAAAUAAUUUUAUAUUCA